AUGGCCGCUGGCACGGUAUCCCUCGAUAGCCUCGAGAAAGUGCUCGCCGAUGACACCGAGGUCAAGGUCGCCGGCUUCGAUGCCGACGGCAUGCUUCGUGGGAAGCUUGUCUCCAAGAAAAAGUUCCUCUCGAUAGCCAAAGACGGCUUCGGAUUCUGCUCCGUCAUCUUUGGAUGGGAUAUGCACGACCAGACAUACUUCAAGGAACUGGCCAUCAGCAAUAAGGAGAAUGGAUAUAGAGAUUUGGUCGCGAUCCCAGAUAUGAGCAGUUUUCGGAGGAUACCGUGGGAGGACGAUGUGCCGUUCUUCCUGGUCAGCUUCUUCGACCCCGAGACUAAAAAACCCAUUUCAGCUUGCCCGCGCGGAUUGCUAAGAGCUGCCACUGCUGGACUGGAGAAGAAGGGGUAUAAAGCCAUGGCCGGAGCGGAAUUCGAGUUCUACCAGUACCGUGCACCAGCGACAAGUGAUUCUCUAGAACGCAAUUCUACAGGCACAGCCCGGUUCCUCAAGGAGAACCAGGUUACGGACUUGCAGCCGCUGACAGAGGAAUUUCAAUGCGACGUUGAAAGCUGGCAUACAGAGAGCGGCCCUGGCGUUUUCGAAGCGGCACUGCAAUUCGGAGAAGUGAAGGGAAUGGCCGAUCGAGGUGGUUUAUUCAAAUACGUUGUCAAAUCAGUCGGAUCAAAGUACGGGAUCACGCCCGUCUUCAUGGCCAAGCCCCGCCAUGGUCUCCCUGGAAAUAGCGGCCAUAUGCACGUCUCCCUCGUCGACGAAUCGGGCGCAAACCUGUUCGUCCGCGACUCGCCCGACCCUUCUUCGCCAUAUCCAGAUAUCGCGUACAUCUCCGACCUCGGACGACAUUUCCUCGCCGGAAUCUUGGUUGGACUACCAGAUAUCAUGCCUAUACUUGCCCCAACCAUAAACUCGUAUAAGCGACUGGUAGAGAAUUUCUGGGCUCCCGUAACAGUCUCGUGGGGUCUCGAACACCGCGCUGCUUCCAUCAGGGUCAUCUCGCCGCCAACCUGCAGCGGCAAAGGGACCAGGUUUGAAAUCCGUGUGCCUGGUGCCGACGUUAAUUCGCACUACGUGCUGGCCGCCAUUGUCGCGCUUGGGUGGCGUGGUGUGGAGAAGAAGCUUGAUAUUCCCAUUCCACCACUACCCAAGGGCGAGGAUGUUGGCGGUAAUACCGACAAGGGUGAACGCCUGGCGAAGAACCUGAAGGAAGCCGUUGUCCGAUUCACGGCCAAAGAGAGUGUUGCGAGAGAGGCAUUCGGCGACGAGUUUGUGGAUCAUUUCGGUGGGACGAGAGAACAUGAGAUUCGGCUCUGGGAGGAAGCAGUUACUGACUGGGAGGUAAAACGAUAUAUAGAAACUGUGUGA